AUGGCAGAAUCAAUUGUAUUUGGCAUUGCGUCUGAAGUUUUGAAGAAGAUAGCUUCUCUUAUUGGAGGGGAAUUGUCGUUGUUGUGGGGUCUCGAAAAUGAUUUGAGAAGACUUCAGAGAACCAUGACCACCAUCAACGCAGUGCUGUUGGAUGCCGAGACAAAGCAGACUCAAAAUCAUCAGCUGCGUGACUGGCUUGGGAAGCUUAGAGAUGUUUUUUAUGGUGCUGAGGACGUUUUAGAAGAAUUCGAAUUUCAUGCUGCCAGGAGGCAACGGAGGACCUCAAUAUCAAAGGUACGUCAGUACUUUCCAAGUCGGAGUUCUAUUAAAAUUGGUUACAAGAUCAAGGACAUUAGAGAAAGGUUAGAUGAGAUCGCAGAUGCUAGGCAAAAAUUUCAUCUUGUUGAGAGUCAUGUUGACGUUAGGCGUGUAAUUCCAAAGGAGAGGGAGACAAAUCCCUUCUUCCAAGCCUCUGAUGUCAUCGGAAGAGAGGAGGAUAAAGAAAACAUGAUAAGCAUUUUGACACAGACUAACCAUGAUAAUGUUUCCGUCAUCCCUAUUGUUGGAAUUGGGGGAUUAGGUAAAACUACUCUUUCUAAAAUGGUUUACAAUGAUGUAAGGGUUAAUAGUCACUUUAAAUUGAAAAUGUGGGUAUGUGUCUCAGAUGACUUUGAUGUUAACAGAUUAAUGAAAGAAAUGAUUUAUUCUGCAACAAAUAAGGAUUGUGCUGAGUUAAAAGCUGAAAAAAUACCCAAGCGCUUACAAGAAAUUUUGGGUGAUGGAAAGUUUUUACUUGUUUUAGAUGAUGUGUGGAAUGAAGAACCGAUGAAAUGGAUGGAUUUGAAAAGCCUACUUUUGAAGGGUGUCAAUGGAAGUAAAAUUAUUGUGAGCACACGCAGUAAAAGAGUUGCCGAUAUAAUGGGCACUAUUUCCCCACAUUUCAUGCAAGGUCUUUCCUUUGAAGAUUCUUUAUCAUUGUUUAAAAGGUGCGCAUUUAAAGAAGGAGAAGGGAAAGAAUUUCCAAACCUUUGCAAAAUUGCAAAGGAAAUUGUGGGAAAAUGUAAAGGCGUUCCAUUAGCUAUAAGAACUUUGGGGAGCUUACUUUUUGCCAACACUGAUGAAACUGAGUGGUUAAAAAUUAAAAAAAAUGACAUUUGGCAACUGAAACAAGAGAAGGAAGAUAUCUUACCAGUAUUGAAAUUGAGCUAUGAUUAUUUACCGUCUCACUUAAAACGAUGUUUUGUUUACCUUUCCUUAUUUCCAAAGGAUUAUAUUUAUAGAAGUGAUGACGUGACUGGACAUUGGAUGACACAUAGACUUCUUUUAACCUCUAAUAAUGAAUUAGAAGAGUUAGAAGAUGUUGCCAUGAGAUAUAUGAAAGAUUUAUGGUGUAGGUGCUUCAUAGAGGAUUUUGAAGAAAUAAAUCACUUACAUUAUACUUUUAAAAUGCAUGAUCUUAUGCAUGAUCUUGCAACAUUAGUGGCAACAAGUGAGUGUGCUGUAAUAAAAUCCACAAGCCAAAUAAUUGAUGGGAGCGUUCGACAUAUUACAUUCGAUGAUGUUCAUCUCAAACCUCAAGAAUUUCAACAAGUUUUAGUUAACAGAUCAAAGACUGUUCGAUCCAUUAUUAUUUUGGAAAAAUACGAGUAUGGUACUAAUGAAUCAAUUAUCAAUACAAACAUAUCCAAAUUCACGCACCUUCAGCUGCUAUCCUUAAACAAUUUAGCCAGGGAAGUCUUGCCAAACUCAAUUGGUACAUUGAUACAUUUAAGAUAUCUUGAUUUAGGUCGAAACUAUUUGUUGCAGAAAUUCUCUAAAUCUAUUUGUGAGCUUCCGAAGUUGGAUACAUUUUUAUUUAGUGGUUGUCUUGGGCUGAAGAAGUUGCCUAGAAAAAUACGAAAAAUGAUCUCCCUAAGACGUGUGGAAAUAACCACAGGAGAGCAACACCUGCGAGAAAAUGGAAUCGAGUGUUUGAGUUCUCUUCAAUAUUUGCUUUUCUCACAAUGCGUCUAUCUGGUAACAUUGCCUGGAGGAAUGAAAGGUCUCACAGGCCUCCGAACAUUGUAUAUUAAAAGUUGUGAUUUGAUCGCCUCGUUGCCAUAUGGUAUCAAGUACCUAAAGAGAUUACAGAAGCUAGUGAUUGAAGAUUGUUUUAGGCUUAAUUUGAGGAUGGAAUUUCAAGGAGAAAAUGAAGAUAAUCUUCGGUUAGGAGUUCAAACAUUUGUAAUCAUAGAUUUGCCAUCAUUAGUGGAUUUGCCUCAGCUUAUUCUUCGAGGAUCGGCAAACACGUUACAGCGCAUGAGGAUUGAAGGCUGUCACAACUUAGUAGAACUACCGGAGUGGCUGCAAGAUCUCACAUCACUUCAAACACUUGAGAUUAUUAAUUGCCCCGAAUUGUCACGUCUUCCAGAAGGGAUGCAACACCUUACUGCCCUCAGACAAUUGAAGAUUAAACACUGUCUUGAUCUAAGUGAAAGCUGCAGACGUGAUAAGUCGAAGACUGCUCAUAUUACAGAGAAAAAUUUGGCGGAAAAGAUUCUAUAUGACACUGCUACUGAAAUUUUGAAGAAGAUAGGUUCCCUUAUUGGUGGAGAAGUAUUGUGGUUGUGGGAUCUGAAAAGUGAUUUAAGAAGACUUGAGGGAACCAUGAGCACCCUCAAAGCAGUGCUGUUGGAAGCCGAGACAAAGCAGACUCAAGAUCAUCAGCUGCGUGACUGGCUUGGGAAGCUUAGAGACGUUUUUUAUGAUGCCGAGGACGUUUUAGAAGAAUUCGAAUUUCAUGCUUCCAGGAGGCAAUGGGGGAGCUCAAUAUCAAAGGCGUCUGAGGUCAUCGGAAGAGAGGAGGAUAAAGAAAACAUCAUAAGCUUUUUGAUUCAGCCAACCCAUGUUAAUGUUUCCGUCAUUCCUAUUGUUGGAAUUGGGGGUUUGGGUAAAACUACUUUUUCCAAAAUGGUUUACAAUGAUGAAAGGGGUUGUGAUAAUUUAAAAGCCGAUAAAAUACCUAAGCAUUUGCAAGAAAUUUUGGGUGGUCAAAAGUUUUUAGUUGUUUUAGACGAUGUAUGGAAUGAGCAACCAAUGAAAUGGAUGAAUUUGAAAAGCCUACUGUUGAAUGGUGUCAAUGAAAGUAAAAUUAUUGUAAGCACAUGUAGUAAGAGCUGUCAAAAUAAUGGGCACUGUCUUCCCAUAUUUCAUGCAAGAUCCAACAAUCUGGUAGCAUUGUCUGAAGGAAUGAAAGGUCUCACAGGCCUCCGAGCAUUGUAUAUUGAACGUUGUCCUCUGAUCACCUCGUUGCCAAAUGGUAUCAAGUACCGAAAGAGAUUACAAAUGCUAAUGAUUUCAAGUUGCUCUGUACUUAAUUUGAAGAUGGAAUUUCAGGGAGAAAAUGAAGAUUAUCUUCGGUUGGGAGUUCGAACAUUUAUAAUCAUAGAUUUGCUAUCAUUGGUGGAUUUGCCUCAGCUUAUUCUUCAAAGAGACACUUUACAGUGCAUGAGGAUUGAAAGCUGUCCCACUUUAGAAAAACUACCCGAGUGGCUGCAAAAUCUCGCAUCACUUCAAGCGCUUGCGAUUAAUGAUUGCCCCGGAUUGUCACAUCUUCCAAAAGGGAUGCAACGCCUUACCACCCUCAGACAACAUUGA